ACCAUCCACCAGCAACAUGAAAGUGAUCAGCCUGUGCCUUCUGGUUGUGGCCUCGGCCAGCUUCCUCCUGACCACCGCCAACGCCAAUGCCUUGGGAAACUUCGAGGACUUCGAGGCCUUCACCGAUGCCGAGCUUGAGGAGAUGAUCGCCACCGAGUUGCUCGACCAGGAGAACGACUUCAUGGGCGUCGACCAGUUCGGCUUCAUCAGCGGCUGCCGCAAGGUUCUGUGGGCUGGCUACAAGGGCAUCAACGGCACCAAGUGCAUCGUCGAGGAGGUGGCCAAUGUGCUGCUCACCUGCACCAACUACGUGGACGACCUGGCCAGCUGCACCGGGGCCAUUCCCAAGGACGUCCAGGCCAUGCUGGACAAUGCCAAGCAGAUGAUCGCCACCAGCAACAAGAUCCUCAACCUGAAGUCCCAGCUCUGCGCCACCUCCACCCGCGGCGUCGUCUCCUCCACCAAGAGCUUCUUCCACUGCACUUUCAAGGCCUUCUGCGCCACCAUGUCGUUGGUGCGCCACAUGAACACCAUGAUCCACCAGGGACACGACCUGCCCUUCAAGACCGGCGCCUGCUACGUGGAUGCCACCAACAAGGUGGUCAACGGCUGCAACGCCUUCGUGCCCAACAUCAACACCUGCAUCGCCAGCAUGACGUAAGCAGCUCCAGAAGUUGGUAAUAAAACCAUGAGAUUAUGAACAGAGCAA